AUGGGCGGGGCGUCGGUGACCUCAGGGUGGGGAGGCGACACGGGGAGGCGCAAGGAGGAUGGGGACAUCAGUGACCGAGAGGGAGCUCUCGCUGUCAUCAUAGCGUCGUAUCAAGCUCCCCCUGUCAUCAUAGCGUCGUAUCAAGCUCCCCCUGUCAUCAUAGCGUCGUAUCAAGCUCUCCCUGCCAUCAUAGCGUCGUAUCAAGCUCCCCCUGCCAUCAUAGCGUCGUAUCAAGCUCUCCCUGUCAUCAUAGCGUCGUAUCAAGCUCUCCCUGUCAUCAUAGCGUCGUAUCAAGCUCUCCCUGUCAUCAUAGCGUCGUAUCAAGCUCUCCCUGUCAUCAUAGCGUCGUAUCAAGCUCUCCCUGUCACCAUAGUGUCGUAUCAAGCUCUCCCUGCCAUCAUAGCGUCGUAUCAAGCUCUCCCUGCCAUCAUAGCGUCGUAUCAAGCUCUCCCUACCAACCGGGCGUCGUAUCAAACUCUCCCUACCAUCAGGGCGUCGUAUCAAGCUCUCCCUACCAUCGGAACGUCGUUUUAUGCUCCCCCUACCACCAGAGCGUCGUGUUAUGCUCUCCUUAUCACAACGUGGUGA